GCACACGCUAUUGUUUUCUUCUCCACCGUGCCGUAGCAUGGCAUGGCAACAGAAUGCGGUUACUGAAUUGCGUCACUCCGUUCGCUGCGUGCCCCACGUGUAGAUGUUUGCGCAACGUCAGCAGUCAGAUGAAAACAUUUGUUAUGGAGCGAAGUGGAGCGAAAUAGACGAGAUCCGAAAAGCUGGUGGAACAAAAGAGGACGUUUAUGGGUCAACGGUAGUCUGGCAAGAAGAGGGGAGUUUGGGCCGAGCUUUGGCCGGGAACAGUACAUUUGAAAGAAAAGACUGCGAGUGUGGAAAACAUAGAUAUAUUUUUGACAGUCAGCAGCGGCUCGCUCAAGCUGCUUGCUGUGUUUGCUUGUAAACAGAUCGCGACACGUGACCAUGUGAACCGUCCGCUUUGUUUGAAGGGGUUUUUAAAUGAGAACACAAAGGACCUUCUUUUAGGUCGGAUAUCAGGUAGGGGCGCAGGUGAGACGAGAUGGCAGAAAAUCGGUUAUUUUUAAAUAGCAAGGUAUAUUGUUUUGUAAGAGUAGCAAAGAUGGCUGGCUUUCCAGUGAAUAUAUGAUAGCGACUGUGGUUGUUCGUUUUAUUUUAUUUAUUAUAGUAUUAUUAACUUACUCUUUUUAUUUUUUUCGAUCGGGUGAUAUUUUUUUGUAAGUAAACGAUGUCAUUCACAAUGGAAGACACUUUGGAGUCGGGUUGGGUGGCAGUGAGACCGAAUGUUUUUGAAGAGAAAGAAAAACACAAAUUCGUGUUUAUCGUGGCUUGGAAUGAAGUGGAAGGCAAGUUUGCAAUCACGUGUCAUAACAGAACUGUGCAGAGACAAAGGAGCGCAGGCAGGGAUGCUGUUGCAGCAACCGGAGUGCGGGUCGAGGACCCAGCCUCAUCUACCGCGGCAGUGAUAAGAACAGGGGACGACAAACACAAGACUGUCCCAAGCACACUUCAAGAAAAAGUACGUGGCAGGAAAGCGGGCGCAGGGGAUGGUAUCGAUCGAGGAGAAGAUGGGCUCAGGGAAGUCAAGGGGGAAAGCAGUAGCAAAAUCCCGGUUCAGGGGAAGGCAGCAGUUGCAUCUAGCCAGAUUAAAACCACUCAGGCUUGCAGUGGCAGUAAAGUCAGGGGCAAGAGUCCAGCAAGACUGUUGGACAUUGAAAUAUUAGACCCCAGUGUUAUUAAAGAUGGAUCUGGGACCGCAGAGGGCGAAACGGCAGAGUCGGAGGAGCUGGAAAGCGGCGUCAGAGAAGACUGCAGCUGGGCUGGUCUGUUCUCUUUCUUGGACCUGAGGGCGAUUCACCAGCAGUUGUGCUCCGUCAAUUCGGACCUGGAGCCCUGCUUGCCGCUCUUCCCGGAAGAGCCCUCCGGAGUGUGGACGGUGCUGUUCGCCCCUCCCGAGGCGACUCCGAAAGAGACGGAGACCCUCUGCUACCAGCUCCAGGUCUACCUGGGACACGCACUCGACACCUGCGGCUGGAAGAUCCUCUCCGAGAUACUGUUCACUGAAAGCGACGACCCCGAAGAAUACUAUGAGAGCCUGAGCGAACUGAGGCAGAAGGGUUACGAAGAGGUCCUGCAGAGAGCCAAGAAACGGUUACACGAGCUCCUGGAGAAACACAAGACGACAGAGAGCAUGGUUGAUCUUUUGGACAUCUAUACAUCUGAAGACGAAGCCUAUAAUAGCCUAGUGGAGGCCACCACUGAACUGUACCAGUACCUGCUGCAGCCUUUCAGGGAUAUGAGAGAGCUGGCUAUGCUGAGGAGACAGCAAAUAAAGAUUUCCAUGGAGAAUGAUUACCUUGGUCCAAGAAGGAUUGAAAGCUUGAAGAAGGAGGAUGCUGACUGGCAAAGAAAAGCGCAUAUGGCAGUCCUGUCCAUUCAGGACCUAACUGUCAAGUACUUUGAAAUCACAGCCAGGGCACAGAAAGCUGUGUCGGACCGCAUGCGGGUCGACCAGAAGAAGUUUGGCAAGGCAGCGUGGGCAGCAGCGGUGGAGCGCAUGGAGAAGCUGCAGUACGCUGUGUCCAAGGAGACCCUGCAGCUGAUGAGGGGUAAAGAGAUCUGCCUGGAGCAGAGGAAACAUGCACUGAGAGAAGAGAUGCAGAAUCUGCAAGGAGGGGACGAGGCCAUGGCUCGCCUGGACCAGCUGGAGUCCAGUUACUAUGACAUGCAGCUCCAGCUCUAUGAGAUUCAGGGGGAGAUCCUGAAGUGUGAGGAGCUGCUGCUAACCACACAACUAGAGAGCAUCAAGAGGCAGAUGAUAGAGAUGCAGGAUGAGGUGGUGUACUACGACACCUACGAGAGUAUAGAUGCCAUGCAGGACACUGAGCACAUGGCAGCAUCCGUUCACCUGCAGAAAGAGGAUCUGCUCAAACUGCAGCAGAAGGGUCGGCAGCUGGAGGCCAGAAGAGGGCGCAUAUCUGCCAAGAAAGCCUACCUCAGGAACAAGAAGGAGAUCUGUAUUGUGAACCACAGAGAGAAGAUGUGUCAGCGCCAAGGCAGCCAGGAGGACUACACAUCCCAUCAUGCCAUGCAACUGCAGGAGGAGGAUGAGAAAAAGAACAUUUGGGUCAGUCAGGAACGACAGCGAACACUGGACAGACUCCGCAGCUUUAAGCAGCGGUACCCAGGUCAGGUCAUACUGAAAUCAACCAGACUUCGACUAGCAAGGAGGAAAAGCAGCAGCCCCUCGGUUCCCUGUGCCAGCCCGGAUCAGGCUCAGUCCCUCUCAGCAAGCGUGCAGACCGACGAGACCGCAGAGGAGAGGGAGGCAGGACUGCCUCGAGCCCCCUGCACCACCCAGCAAGCAGGGGGGCUAGAAAGUGUUUUAUUACCUCCUGCUAGCACCGCCUUCCAACCACCCCAGCCUGCCUCGCUGCCCCUCUCCCUACCUUUGCUUACCUGCCCAGCCACAGCUGCUCCACCCCCGCCCCCUCCUCCACCCCCGCCCCCUCCUCCACCCCCCCCCAGCGAGGACCCCCUCUCCGAGAGCGAGGCACAGCCCGGCAGCCCCGUCAGACAGCCCGGAGAACUCGUGACAGAGACUCUGCAAGCCUCCAGCACACUGCCCUCCGCACAGCUCUUUGACAGCAGCCAGCUGGUGAGCGCCAGGAAGAAGCUCAAGAAGACAUCUGCCAUGGAAGGAUCACAGAAAAGAAGUACGAGUUCCCCUAUGGAUGAGGUGCUGGCUUCUCUGAAACGAGGCAGCUUCCACCUACGCAAGAUGGAACAGCGUGCCAUGCCCCCUUCCCCGGAGGAAGACGACAGCAACAACAUCCUAGCACAGAUCCGCAAGGGCGUCCCGCUGAAGAAGGUUCAGCGCGAGGAGCUGCAAGAUUCCCUGGGGGAGCUGCCUGACUCUGCUGACCCGCUCACCCGCAGCAUUCACGAGGCACUGCGCCGCAUCAAGGAUGCCUCCCCGGAGUCUGACUCUGAGGACGAGGGCCUGCCCUGCGCCGACUGGGACAGCUAGGACACCCCAGCACUGGGCAGCUUCAACCAAUCCCACAAUGCUAGGUUAGGCUAUUCGCUAACUGACACUAGGCUUUUCAUUUUAGUAUUUUUUUCCAUUGGACAGCCCACCUUAAGAUGCAAUGUCUUGUUUCCAAUUGGCUGAUGAAAAGGUAAUGAUAACCUUGCAAUUAGCUCCACUUUCCUAUGUACUGAAUUCUUGUAUUCCAGCUUUGAAAUUUUUUUGAGUUGCUCUAAAGCACAUCGCCUUUGAUACUGACAAUCUUCAAAUCUCCUGUGGAAUACCCAGGGGUUGAAAAACUCACAGCUGGGGCCCCCGAGUGGCACAUCCGGUAAAGGCACUCCACGUGGAGUGCAGGAUGCGCCCUAUAGCAUGGAGAUCGCAGGUUCGAGUCCUGGCUAUUCCACUGCCAACCGUGGACGGGAGUUCCCAGGGGGCGGUACACAAUUGGCCGAGCACCGCCCGGGUGGGGAGGGCUUAGGUCGGCCAGUGUCCUCAGCUCGCGGUGUCCUCAGCUCACCGCGCACCAGCGACCCCUGUAGACUGGCUGGGGGCCUACUGGCCUGCCUGUAAGUUGCCCAGAUCUGCGUGGUCCUCCGACGCUGUAGCUCUGAGGUAGCUGCAUGGUGGGCCUGCAGAGUGAAAAGAAGCAGACAGCUGACGGCACACGUUUCGGAGGACAUGUGUGUCGGUCUUCAUCUCUCCUGAGUCAGCGCGUGGGUGGCAGCGGUGAGCUGGGUUGAAAUAAACAAAUAAUUGGCCUUUCCAAUUGGGGAGAAAAUUUGAAAAAAUAACUGGCGAUUCCAAAUUUAUAAAAAAAUAAAUAAAAAAAAAAAAAGUGAAAAAAAAGGAAAAACUCACAGCUGAGACAGGACACAAGCACAAGGACAUCAUGGGACCCAGGUUCACACAGUAACACUGGCUGAGCAAACUAAAGAAACCAAACGCAUGCUUAACAUGCUGCUCAGAGGCUGAAGGUCAUUUAGUGAAGUGAAAGAGUAGCCUGUGGACUGGAUUCAAUCUAAAUGAUUGAUGUGUCUUACAAUUAUAAAGUAUAGCUAUGGCAGUACGUAAACUUUUAUUUCAUUAAGUUUGUGGUUCAGGUUUUUGUUGGUGAAAGUGCAGUAUGGUCUGUUUGGCAUAGUAAUGUCUGGUCAAUUCCAGUUUGCACCUGUGACUUUUUUCAUUUUCACAUUGAGUGUAUUAGUUUUGGUUCCCCCGCAGAGUAAAGGGAGGUGCGUACAGGAUGGAGAGUGUUCCUGUCGGAACACUGCUUCUGGAUUGAGAUCCAUCACAGCUGGGCAUUUCAUCCUGUCAGGCUUAUCGUUCUUUGUGUUCCAGGUAGCAGAGAAAAAUAACAGACUUUUAAUUAUUUUACAAAAUCCAUAUCUGACUCAUUUCUUUUAAUCUUUUAGGACAUAUUUGUAGACUAUUUGGACAGUGUGUGCAGUUUACCUUAUUAUGCAUAUAAUAUUAAGUAUCUUCAACACAGAUACAUCCACAAUUGAUUAAUUUAGAAACCCCUUAUACCAAUUGCAUAUAAAAGCUCAAAGCCUUUUCAUAGCAUAGUUAAAAUCAGAGGAUAAGUAUAUCUGUUCCUGCUUGCUGAAGCAUGUGUCCCCAAUCCAUAUAAAUAGCUGUCAGACUCUUUUUUUAGGGCAUCCAGUGUGAGGUUUGCACAUUCAAGCCCCAUGUGUUCUGUGUGAAGAACCCCGAACCGCUAUUGGGCCCCUGUGCCCUUUUCUCUUUUCAUGUGUAUGCAUGUUCUGGUUAGCUUUUAAUAAUGAUCCAGUGAAGUUUGAAUUCGUUCUGCAGAUUGCCUACCCCCUGCCUUUUAUUGCUGUAAGCCUUUCAUGUCUGUGGCUAAUAUAAAAGGAGUGCAAGUGUCUCUGUAUAGCACAAAAUAAUUGAAGGAACAAGGAAAGUGACAUAUUUUUGCAUGUUAUCUCCUAACUGUAAGGAAUUCUUUUUUGGGGGGAAUGUGUGGAAUAUUUUGCACUUUUAGUGUGACACGGAAUAACCUAAAGAAAUAUCAACGUAUACUCCUAAUUUUGUAAAGAUAACUUUAUUGUAUAGUAACUGCUUCUUAGACGUGAAUUACAGUCAUACCUGCUUAUAACAGCCGCCCAAGGGACCUUGUUAAAAUGGUGUGUACUGGUCAUUUAACAUGGCACUAUAUAUCCACAGGGAUUCAUCAGACUUUAUAAAUUCCCAGUGUGGGCCCCAGCUUGUGCCCAGUCUUAUAGCUGGCUGGGUCUGAAACACAAACAAACAGAACAGCUGUAUCCCAUUGCAUUGGAAUGUAGGCAUCCUACAGCUUAGCUGGGAUUUAAAAGAAAGGUUUCUAGGAUCUGUCUACCCACCAUAAACAUCUGUACAGUUAGAAAGUGCUGUGCUAGUGUUCCUGCAGGCAGACUGCUGACAGUUACUGAUUUGUACGAAUUGAACCCUUCACACGGCAGACCCUUCAGACUAGAGAUAAUGCUAACAGGAUCAAUAGUUGGUGUGUGGAACACGCUAAAGAACUGCUAGCUUUCAAGCUAGGUUCUGAUUUUUAGUUUUUUUUAGUUUUUGCUUUUAGCUAACAGAGCCCCGUAGGAGGUUUCCUUAAGAGAUCUGUUAAUAAGCGGUGACAGAGCAACACACACUACGUGCUUGGAAAUAGGUCAUAUCUGGUCUUAUUUAUAAUUACGGACUGUACAGUAUUGUGUAAACAUCAGUGUUUUUUGUGUUAGUUUUUAAGUGGCACACAGAGCAGGGUUGUCAAAUGUAACUGUUCCUUCGUGAGGACCUCUUCUUGGGAUGAUAUUGGUGACUUCUACCAGUUUCCUCAGUUGUCAAUGGAGCGCCACAUAGCUCACCGUUCAGGCUUUUCCAGCCAUGGAAUGAAUCAGUUGAUCAUCCUUUCAUAUAAUUCUGAACAGUAUGUUUUAAGCAAAACCUAGCAAUAACUGUUGUUAUUUUUUAUAAUUAUGAAGUACCUUUUGUACUGUGUCCCUUCUCCAUAAGAACAUUCCACAGUUGCUUCAUGUUGUUGAAGAGAAAGUACUCGCAUUGAGAUCUUCACUCCGUGGGACCCAUUCCAAUACUUUAUUUUCCCGUCUCCAGCGAUCUAUUCAGAAGUUUGUGUUUAUGUCAGGGAUUAUUUUGACGUAACAGAAACAGACCCCUCUGGGAGGCUUUGUCAUACCCAGGCUAACACUUUUGCACAAUACUGUACACAGAGAAACAGCAAGACAUAUUUGUGACGUGGCAGUAAUCAUUCCCUUUGCCGUGUUUCAGUUCUGGCUUGAUGGCUGUACAGAGCGUUUCUAAUGCAGAUAAGACAGGUUAGACAGCCCUGUGGGCUUGUCAGCGGAAACUUUGUACACCCCCAUGCACUCUGGUACAGCUGGGAGCCUGUCAGCAGAUCAGAAGCACAGUGCAGCACAUGCAGGAUUUGAAAUGGCCCAGAUUGCAAUUAACAAAUUUACCAUUCUGGAAAAUAGAACCAGCACUUUAUUUAUUUUAAUAAAUAUCACUAAUGGAUUAGUGUCACAUUUUGUUUGUGUUGUGCAGAAAAAAAGACUACCCCUUGAUUUACUAUUCUUUGCAUAUGUUUUAAGGGUUAAUAUUUUUUACAUUACAGACAAGAUUAAUUCAGGUUCUGAAAGCUAUGCUGCAUCAAUUCCAGUGACAGAAAUAGCCCAGUUAUUCUGCCUGUUUUCCUACUGCACUGUCAGUGCAUUCUAAUCUGAAUCAUGUUGCAGAAGAUUUGCAGAGUUUGUAUCACAUGAAGACAAAAAAAAGAGAAGGAUGGGUUUGUUUUCAACCCUUUGACAUUGAGAAAAUAGGCAUUAAAUGGGUAUGGGAGCAUACCCAGAGCAGUAAAGGGUUACUAUGUUUGAAAUAGACAGAUAUUUUGUGUGUGUAUGUGUGUGUGGGUUUUUAGUGAGCUGUUUUUAUUUCUAUUGUUUAGUUUUUACAAGACGUGUGUUCUUUUGACCAAGUACUUUAUGUUGUGUUUUUUUAUAUAGUAUAAUUUUAAGUGCUAUUCUAAUUUUUUGAAAUGAUUGUUGAGGUUUUGUUUUGUUUCUUUAAGUUGCAGUGUGUUUGUGUUUCGUUUGAGAUCCCUUGUGUGAGCAGACUUGCACUCAGACCCUUUGUAGCGCUAACCAUUGUUACGAGAGGAUCCGGAAUUUGAAGGGAACACAGAAUAGAACAUUCUUGAUUUAUUUCUUUAGCUCCACCAGCUUUGUUUCCAUGUGUGGAGGUUAUCUUCCUUCCUAAUAUACAUUUUCCUUCUGUUGGCACUGGCAUACCUGGAUUUCAUGUGUAUGGAAGAUGUGGUAUUAAUUCCUAUCAUUUACAGAAUGACAGGGUUUUAAAGACGAUGCAGUGACCCCAUACGUACAGCAGCUGUAUAACUGCAUCAGAUUGUAUCCUGAGAGCUGUAAAACUGCCAGGAUUCACACAAGGGGGAUUAGGAUUACUGAAAUGAGAGGACUAUGAAACAGAACAGGUUUUACUGAAAUAAUAACAGGCGAGAAUGAUUUUAUAGAGGUCAUGUACAGCAGCGUGCAAAUGUAUUAGAACACCUCAAGGUUUGCCCUGCUGACCCAGGAGAGUAUCAGCAGUGAAGUGCAAGCUUGAGACAGCCACCCAUUUUUCAUUUGACUACAGAUUAGACCUGCACAUACAAUCUUUACUUCUAUUAUGAUACAAAACAAUGGAGAUUACAAAUGUAUUCUAAAACUCUACUGCAAAUUCUACCUGAGAGGCAAAGCAGAAAAACAACAUGCCAUGUCCAUUCAGGUUGUUCAGUAAGCAUUAUUUUGAAUGUGUAUGUGGAGCGGUUUGACUUACUCCUUAUUUUUAUGAUGUUUUCUCUGUUGCUAAUUGAUGGGAAUUAUAGAGUUCCUAAGUCAACUAUGCAUGGCUUCUGCUGCAAAUUUACUUUAAUCUCCAUUUUCACCAGUGCUGCUAAGAAUAUUGUUUUCUGCAAUAUAAAUCGGUAUUGUAAAGGGAUUGGGAUGUGGAAGUCUAAAGAGUGAGUUUUCUGAGGUAGCACACAGGAGGAUGUUAAAUCUCUCUGUAUUGCACCCAAUUUAACUGAGUUGUAUGUGACCAAGCAGCUGAAGCGUGGCUAAUAACGUUUCUUACAGUGUUUAAUGAUCAGCCAAAUAACACACUGCUCAUCCUCUGACUCUAACGAAGUAUCUAGGAGGAUUAACUAGGCUGAUUUAAUAAACAACCCUCUUGUAUUUAACACUACUAAUGGAGAAUCAUAGUGACUGUAGCUACUAUUUCUUUUAAAUAUUUCUGUUAUAUGUUUUACUUUGUGUGUAUUACUAUCAUUUUAUGGAAGAUAAUAACCAGUUCUGGAUAACGCAGUUUGAAUAAAGUUCUUUGCCAACCUGUAUUGUAAUCUCACGUUGUUGCACUGAUUAUGGCAGUAUGUGUAAUGAAGUAAAGGAUUUUAACAAUUAACGGCAUAUGUUUACUGCUCGUAAUAUAAAAUACGUUUUCCAAUCUUAAUGGGCCAGUCGAUUUUUCUUUUUCUGCAGGGGUUUCAGCUGAGAAGUGCAUCCUACGGUAUAUGACGAGAGCAGUGUAUGCAUGCAUUCUGGCAACUCUUUAACUGAUUGCUGAUAACAGCAUGUUGAAGUUUUUCAUAAACAAAACUGAAUAAUGUCACUUAUUGCACAAAGUUCUUCCAUGGUACAGUGUAGCACAUGUGUGGACCUCUUCAGUGCUGGUUUACCCUUAUAUAUCCUGCCAUGGACCUUCUUAGUUGGGUAAUUCAUACACUUCAUGUACUGUAUUGAGGUUUGUUAAAAGAAUAUGUUUGUUCUUAUUGCUGCCGAAAACACUGUUAACUAUGUAACCUGUUUGUUAACCAAUUUUUGCUUUUUUGUUAAAAUAUAUUUUAUUUGUGUUCUAUUUCUGGCCAACACUACAGAUUGAACAUGCAACAUGUACCUGAACCAGUGAACUCUUUUACCUUAAAUAUCUGGCUUGCCUGGGCACAUCAUGAUCACAUUCAUGAAUCAGUGAUUAGCCACUCGCUAGAUAUGUGCAAUAUUAUUAUACUAGAAGUAGAAACAUUCAUUAAUAAAUUAAAAAAAACCAAACAUUGUAUUUAAAUGUACAUUGUAUUGUAAAGGGUUAAAGUUGGACCUUCAUGUUGCAUUGAGCGAUUGCCUAAGAUUACAUAUUUAAGUAACAGAUAUCAUUUUUAAAACUAAGCAAGCAUUUAUAUAGCAAUGUCACUGAAAUGUAAAAUAAUUGCUUUUAAUUGUUUUUUGCCUUUUAUUCUGCCUAUUCUUUAUUUUACCAUUGUAAUCCUGAUUAUUUGCUUUGUAUUUUCAAAUCUGCAUUGUGUCCAAGGUGAAUAAAACCUUGUAUACCAAGUACUGAAAUUGCCUCUUUUUUUUCUGUACGAGUGAUGUAACAUCGUAUUCGCAGUUUUGGUGCUGACGUUAAUGAUUCACUGGUUUUAUUCAAUAAAGUAUAUUUAUUUGAA